GAGGAUGGGGGAGCCGUACAGGAGGAGGAGGAGGAGAGCGGCUCCCGCGGAGCAGCCCUGCCCGGCCCCGUCGCGGGUUCCCCGGGAGACGGCGGGGAAAGGCCUCGAGGCCCCUGGGCUGCAUGUGGGAUGAGCCCAGGGAGACCCAGGCAAAGGCGGCUGCCCGGAGGCCGAUGCGGGGAGAAGGACACGAGCGAAGACCCCGACACGGGCCUGGAGGGCGGAGGGUCCCUCAGAAGACCCGGGAGGCCCCGAAGGACCCAGGAGGAAGGAAAGAGAUUUCAGUGCCCGGAAUGCGAAAAAUCUUUCACAACAAAUGGAAGUCUUAAAGUGCAUCUAAACAUCCACUCAAGAGAUCAAUCAUUUAAAUGCCUGGAGUGUGGAAAAAGCUUCAAUUAUAGGAGCAGCCUUUCUACACAUCAAAUAAUCCACACUGGAGAAAAGCCUCAUAAAUGCCUGGAGUGUGGAAAGUGCUUCUCUCUGAAGCAUCACCUUUAUAAGCAUCAAAAGACCCACUCAGGAGAGAAACCUUAUAAGUGCUUGGACUGCGGAAAGAGUUUCAGUGAGAGAAGCAACCUUUCCAGACAUCAAAAGAUCCACUUGAGAGAGAAAGCGAAUAAAUGUCUGGAGGGUGGAGGGUCCUUCAGAAGACCCAGGAAUCCCCAAAGGAUCCAGGAGGAAGAAAAGAGAUUUCAGUGCCCGGAAUGCGAAAAAUCCUUCAAAAGAAAUGGACAUCUUAAAGUGCAUCUAAGCAUCCACUCAAGAGAUCGAUCAUUUAAAUGCCUGGAGUGUGGGAAAAGCUUCAAUUAUAGGAGCAGCCUUUCUACACAUCAAAUAAUCCACACGGGAGAAAAGCCUCAUAAAUGCCUGGAGUGUGGAAAGAGCUUCUAUCUGAAGCAUCACCUUUAUAGGCAUCUAAUGAUCCACUCAGGACAGAAAACAUUUCAGUGCCUGGAAUGUGAAA